CAACGCACAUGGCAACUCUGACACAAAAUGUCCGACGGCAAUCUCCAAAGUGAUGUAGAAGAAGCGCCGUGUGCUAAAAAAUCUAAAAUUGAACUUCAAAAUGAGAAAAGUGAUAAAGAUAGUCAAAUAGAAUUAAAUAAUUUCAUCCCUACUAAGGUUUUAAACAAUAACACUAAUAGAAAAGCAGUGUUUCUACUCGGAAAAUUUAAAGACAAAAGUGGUGUGGCUAUAGUGAUUUUGGAGAAAAAUGCAUUUAAAGAAGAGGAAUUAAGCGACGAAGGAUAUUUUUCUUCUGAAACAAGAAUUCACACAUUCUUUAAGAACGAUAUUUAUGGAAAUUUUGAGUGCUAUCCGAUAUCAAAAAUUAAUGGAGUCAAAACUACAAUAAUUUAUCCCGCUACUGAAAAGCAUAUAGCAAAGUAUAGCAAGCAGGAGGUACAUAUUGUUUUAGAAUCUCCCGACUGCUAUAAAAAUCUGACACUACCACAUUUAGAGAAGGAGCAAUUUAAUUUACAGUGGGUCUACAACAUACUAGAAGGCAAGAGCGAAGCAGACAGAGUCGUCUACAAUAACGAGAGUGAAACGGAGGGCUUUGUGCUCGUCCCAGAUCUAAAGUGGGACGGACUGACCAAAGAAUCAUUAUAUCUCUUGGCUAUUGUGAGACAGAGGAAUAUUAAAUCGUUGAGAGAUUUAAAUGGAAGUCAUUUGCCGUUGUUAAAGAGGAUAAGGGACGAAGGAAAGAAAGCGAUUUUGGACAAGUACAACGUGCCUGGCAGUCAACUGCGCAUAUACCUCCACUACCAGCCUUCUUUCUACCACCUGCACAUUCAUUUCACGUACUUACAGCACGAAGCCCCAGGCAUAUAUGCGGAGAAAUCACAUCUACUCGAUACAGUCAUUGAUAAUAUCGAAAUUAUGAACGAUUACUACAAUAAAGCUACGUUACCCUUCACAAUUCGUGAAAUGGAUACUCUCUUCAAUAUUUACGAAACAAACGGCUACGUUGAGAAGAUUAAGAAAAUUAUUAAUAAGUAA